UUGAACAGCUUCAAGAACAAGCGUACAUGCAUGUCCUCCGCACAGGCUGCCACAGCUGAACACGGGCCUGACUGCUGCUAAUUCAAUUCGCAAACUCCCUAUCGCUCUGACCGAUCAACAAGCACCGCCACCACUGUUGUCACGGUGAACAAUCGCCACCGACUCAAACUGAUCAAGCACCAUGGAGGAGACAAAUCGUGGGAAGAAUGAGGCGAGGACAGUCAGCCUUCCGGCGUCGGCCACAGUGCAGGCGGAGGACGGUCCCUUCACGGACGACCUCAUAGUGGAGAUCCUCUCCCGCCUCCCCGCCAGGUCUAUCCACCGCUUCAAGUGCGUCUCCCCUUUCUGGCGCGACCUCAUCGCCGAUCCAGCUCACCGCAGGAAGCUUUCCCAGACCCUUGCCGGCUUCCUCUACGACACCUACGACAGCGUAAACUCCUGCUUCCUCGAGUUCCACUUUGCCACCGUCUCCGCCAGCACGGGCGCGGCCCCGCUGGUCGACCCGUCCCUCCCAUUCCUGCCACCCGACGAGUACCUGUACGUCUCCCAGAUCGACACCUGUAACGGCCUCCUCCUCGGACUCGCGCACAUGGCCCCUCCUCCUUCCACAGUCGACAACGUUAUGCUUGAGUCCCAUUACAUCGUGUGCAAUCCAGCCACCGCGAGGUGGGUCGACCUGCCCCCUCACCCCAAUCCUAAUGUGCCAACUCACAUGAUGGCUCGUUUGGCUUUUGAUCCGACAAUCUCGCCUCAUUUCCACGUUCUUCAGUUUGCAGAGACCGAGCAGCAGCAGUACCUCACAGGAGUGAGCAUAUACUCAUCCCAAACUAGAGCCUGGAAUCAUAAAGAAACCCGGUCCAUUGGGAAAUUUAACUUGUACUUUGGCACUAGAAGUGUCUUCUUUCGUGGUAUGUUGCACUUGCUUGCUGGGUCUCCCCCAUGAUCGUCCAAGCGGAUGCCGUGCUGCUGCUAACAGUGGACAUGGAGGGGCAGGUGUGGAAGACUACACGUAUGCCAUCAGGUGGUAUAAGUUUUGGUAAAAUUGGAUUGUCACAGGGCUACUUGCACUAUGCUACCACACCCCUUGUUCCUGUUAACAAGAAUAAGAUCAAAAAGAGAAAGGAGGAGGAGGAGGAGAGUACAUCCUCAGCUACCACGAUGGCAACAGUCUGGUACAUGAAAGAUUAUGAUAGUAAAGAAUGGGUCUUGAAGCAUACUGUCAGCAAUGAUGAGUUGUGGAGCGUAACUGCCGUGGAUUACAAGGUGGCCGCUAUUCAUCCAGACUGCGAUACCAUUUUUUUUUAUUCAUUUGAUGCUGAUACAUUGGCAUCAUACGAUAUGCAACAUCGGAAAUUUCAUCGUAUCAUUCACCUUGAGAAGAACAAGUCAUCAAGCCAAUUUCUGCCCUAUGUACCUCUCUUCUCAGACUCGUUUGCAGGCGCAGAUGGUCAGUAACAAUAUUUGCAACCCAAGAUAUUGCUUCCUCGAGGAAUUGGCUUUUUUCUAGGCAAAAUUAUGCUGUUGAUUUCUUGAUCUACUUGAGUUAUCUCAUUCAGUUGGCUGGUGCUUACACUUCUGCUACCUUGGCUUCUGGUUGGAAGCAAGGACAAGCUCAAGAUGAUCAGGGAAGUUUGUGAUGAGGAGUGAUCUAUCUGUAAUGGUUCAAUGUAAUACUAAGUGAGUGAACUUUGUGUAUGUG